AAUCUGUUUCGAGCGCGUUUAAAGUGGUUUAAAUAAUUUAUUAUCUAAAUAAAAUAAAUUGCAAUUUACACCAAAAGUCACGAAUGUUUUUCGAAAAAAUAAAAUACAUGUGAAACGAAAUUCGUGAGUCUGCAAUAACAAUAUUUAUUAGAUGUCCAGUUAACAUUACGCUAAAUGUUAUUGACCUUAUCAUUGUGUGUGUGUGCAACUUUUCAUAGAUAAGCAUGCACUUCUGAGAAUGUGUGCAGCCACAAAAUAUUCCUCGUGAAUAUUAUCCAUUUGGGCGGUAUUUCAACAAUAAAACUCAUCAAAAAUGUCUACAGCAGUUGAAAACGGUAUCAACGGUGGCGACGAAAAUCGCGGCACGACCUAUUUUUUUUCCAGAAGUAGGUCGAGCGCGUCAGCAUGGCAGCGCUUCAGUUUGUUCUUCUCGAUCUAUUGGAAGAGCUUACUGGUCGUGCUGACGCCCAUAUUGUUACUGCCCAUACCGAUCUUGCAGGAAGGAAGGGAAUACAGAUGUAUGUACGUGGUCCUCAUAAUGGCGGUGUACUGGGUGCUGGAGCUGCUGCCGCUACCAGUGACCUCUAUGUUGCCCAUAAUUCUAUUCCCAACUAUGGGCAUCCUGGACUCGGACAAGACCUGCGCAGCGUACAUGAAGGAGACCAAUAUGAUGUUCAUGGGCGGACUGAUGAUAGCCGCCGGGGUGCAGCAUUCGAAGCUGCCGAAAAGAGUGGCUUUGUUCACCGUCCAGGUUGUAGGAUGCUCACAUAGAAGAUUGAACUUCGGUCUGACAUUCGUGACCAUGUUCAUCUCGAUGUGGGUGUCCAACGCGGCCGCCACUACUAUGAUGGUGCCCAUCGUGGAAGCCAUUUUGGAAGUCUUGGAACAGCAAGGUCUUGGCGAUGUUUACACGAACAGAAAGAAGAAUCCGGAGAACGGAAAGGAAGCGAAACCAGCCAAAGACAACGUUGUGGAAGAACCACCAAUGCCGAGUGACAUAACGAUCUGUUACUACAUGAGCAUAGCGUUCGCGUCCACGCUGGGCGGCUGCGGCACGCUGGUGGGCACCGCCACCAACUCUGCCUUCAAGGGGAUCUUUGACACGGAGUUCCCGGAGUACGCGUCAAGCGUGAACUUCUUCUGGUUCAUGACGUACAGCGCGCCGCCCAUGCUGCUCAUGCAGCUGCUGGUCUGGGCCGCGCUGCAGGUCACCUUCAUGGGCAUGUUCAGACCUAACAGUGAAGCCGCUAAGAAAGUGAACCUAGCUUCGUCUGGCUCCAAAAACACUCUCAUGGUCAUCCGGGAGCAGUACAGGAACCUGGGUCCGGCUACUUUCCACGAAUGGUCGUCCGGCCUGCUGUUCAUCCUGGCGGUGUUCCUGUACAUCUUCCGCAAGCCGGGCUUCAUGUUGGGCUGGGCCGACGUCAUGACCAGCAUGAAGGUGAAGGACGGCGUGACCUCAAUGUUCAUCGUGGUGCUCAUGUUCAUCAUCCCCAUGUCCGUGGACUGCGUCAAAUUCUUCUCCACGUCCGCUUCGUAUGAAGAAUUAGCGGCUGCGAAACCUUCCCCCGGGAUUGUGACGUGGGGUAUUCUGAAGGACAAAGUGCCAUGGGGACUGCUUUUCUUGCUGGGUGGCGGUUUCGCGCUAGCCGAAGGCAGCAAGACCACAGGCUUGUCGGACAAGAUCGGACAAUCUCUAAACGGACUACAAGGCUUGCCUCACUGGCUGGUACUACUAGUGGUAGUACUUGUCACGCAGUUCAUCACAGAGUUCACCUCCAACGUGGCCAUCGCCAAUCUCAUACUGCCUGUACUCGCUAAUAUGUCGCGCCGGCUGUCCAUCGACCCGCGCUACCUGAUGAUCCCGGCCGCGCUGGCCUGCUCCAUGGCCUUCCACAUGCCGGUGGGCACGCCGCCCAACGCCAUCGUCGCCGGCGUCGCACACAUACCCACCUCGAAAAUGGCUGUAGGCGGCAUUGGGCCCAAACUAAUCACGACGCUACUCAUAUGGGCCGCGUACCCCACAUGGGGUACGUACAUUUUCCCGCCAUUAUCCGUCACCAACGCGUCCGCCGUCUCCAACGUAGCCAAAAAUCUUACUAUAAAUUGUGAUAUCACAGCUGAUGUAGUCAACACUGUGACGAAUUUCAACUGCUCUUUGCCUGCAGUAGUAAACACUACUGUCAGUAAUAUAGUAAGCUGUACACGGACUGUUUUUUAGAUUUAAAUUAAAACAUAUAGGGUAAAAAUGUGAAAAAACGUUGGACCUCACAAGGCAAUGCUGCGUUUAGUCACAGCGUCAUUAUUAUGUAUUUAUGUUUCAUUAUUGAUUCAGUCAACUCCGUCCAAGAAUACUCGAAUUGUAUAAAAAUUAUAUAUAAAUUCAAAUAAAAUAAAUAUAUAUAUUAAUUUGACAUGUAUACAUAUAUAUGUUUCAUUCGGGAUAUUUUAUACAAGCUUAAUUAUGUCAUCGUCGCAAAUGUUUUUUUUUUAUUAGAUAAAUACAUGGCAAGGUGUACCGUUAAUAAGCUGAAAAUAGCUCAAAAAUACUAGUAUUUUGACCAUUUUCGAAACCAAUUUUUAAAUCGAAUUUCUUUUGAACAUGAAAUUUUUUUUUAACGAUUUUCUAUCUUUAUUGUGAUCAAACAAGUUAUUAUUUGCUUCUGUGGGUCCAACAUAAUAGUAAUACCUAAGCGUGUAUCAUGUAUAAAAUAAAAGAAAAAUUAAAAGGAGUUUUUGAAGUCAGGUGUAAACAAUUCUCUAAAUAAAAAAAAACAGUUAUUUUCAAAUUGAAGGUGUGUCUCAGAUUUCUUUUUGAAAUUUCAAGCAUUUUUUGAGAAUAUAAAAUAGUUUGUAUCAUUUUUUAAAUACGAUAAAAUCCACCUGAUAAAAAUUUAGAUGCUUAAGAUGGGCUUUCGAAAAAGUGAAUAUACAAUUUUUACUAUAAAUGUUUGAAGAAUUUUAUAUUUUUAGCAAUUACUGUUCUUUGGUGCCACUAAACGCGUAUUUAUUUAUUUUAAUUGUUAUCUGCCAUAAGCAUUUUUUACAUAAGUCGGUCGCCAUAAUGUUAUAUGCAUAUUUAUAAGACACAGUCUAAUUAUUAAAAAAAAAUACUAGUUUAUGCACUAUGAUUUCAGAAAAAAUUAUACAUCAAAUGACUUGAAAUAUAGAACAAAAAAAAAAUAAUAAUAAACAAAUUUGCUCUAUUAUCUUUUGUAAAAAUAUAUUUUACUAUGAUCAUUUUAUAUAUGUAGUUAAAUAUUGAAACCUUAUUGACUAAGCGUAUAGUAGCUAUAUAAUUGUAAACAUGGUACAUGCCUUUCUAAAGACUUUUAUUUAGUGCCUGAAAUAUUUUAGAAUUUGUGAAUUUUUCAACGCAAUCUCGUAGAUUUAUAAAAAAAAAAAUAUUUUGAUAAACAAAUGUAUUAAAUUUUAUACAAAGAGUACUUAAAUUUUCAUUUUUAUUACAAACGUUGGUUGGAUUAAACUUUAAAAAUAAAAGAACAACUAUAUAUAGUGCAACCAUGAUAAAUUGGUUUUUCGUAAUCUCAAAUGUGAAAUCUCUGGGUAAAUACAUUCAAAUUUCGUAAAAAAAAUAUAUUACUUAUCCAUUUUUUUUAUAUAUUGUAUUGUAUAUACUUUAAAUAUAGCAUUUAUAAUGCAGUAAGAAAGGAGAUACACUGAAGGAAUGGAUAUUAUGCCAAAUAUGCUAUAUAUAAUAAUAAUAUUAAUUAAUUAUAUUAAUAUAUUGGUGUACAAAAUAUGGGCUGUCUUUUAGCUACCAAAAAUAAUAUUUAAAUUAAUUCUUGGGCUCAUUUGCCACGAAGAUAUUUAAAAAAUUGUGUCUAUUUUAAAAUAUAAUAUGUGUACAAGAUUAAGAAAUAGGAAAAAGUCAGCCUAUAUAUUAUGUAAAUAAAUUAUAGGACAAUGCGGGUGAGGACAUAAUUUUAUACUCGUAUUUAAAAAGAAAAUAUUUUUAAGAUUUAAUUGUAACACUUAAAUAGUUUUAAGCAUAUAUAAAUACAUUUAAUUAAAAAUUCAAGGCAUGUGCAUCAAAUUGUUGUCAAAAAAAUCUUAUAUUUUUAUUUAUAUAUAUAUAAAAAAAAGUAAAUUGAUUCUUUUUUUUAUAUUUUCUAACAACAUUUGUUGCAUAAACCUUAUUAUUAAUAUUUCAAUAAUUGAGAGGUUCCUAGGCUUCCUGUUUUAAUGCAUUAAGUGAAAUUUUAUUCAUUGGAUCUGAUCAAUAAUAGACGAAUUUAAUUUAACUUUUACAAUCUGACUAUUUUUACGGGACAGUUUCUUUCAUUACAAUAAUGAGUAAUAAGAUAAUGCAACAAUAAAAAAAAAAUACAAAGUUACCAAUAUCUUACAUUUUGUGAUUUUUGAAAAGUGAUAUUAUUAUUUGCUUUUGAAAAAUAUAUAUAACUAGCUAUAAAUAUUUUGUAUACCUACUUACAUUUAUAAAAAGUAAUUGAAUGCCAUCUACUGUAGUUUUUUUACAAUGUUUAAUAGUAUUACUUUAAUAACAUGUGAACACUGCAUUUCCAAGAUUUAUAUAUAUAUACCUAAAGAAACAGUCACAACGGGAAAAUAAACUUAUUUUCUUUAUUUAAAUGGUUUUGGAGCUAAUCAGCCAGUUUUUCUCUAUUCCAUUUUUGAAAAUACGUUUUAUGUGUAUCCUUGUAAAAUAAAUGCUAAAUCUGUAAAAUUAAGUGAAAUCCUCUAUUACUUGCAAAUGCUUUCGUUUUGUCCCAAUCUCAAUUUACAUAAUUUGACAUGGAUGAAUGAUUUUAUAUUAUAUUAAUGUAACUGGUUUUAUAUUAUAUUAAUGUAAAGGUUUUUAACAUUUUACGAAUAAGGGAUUGACUACAGAACAAUAAUGGUCUUAUGCACACAGUUUUCGACAUAAUUUACUUCUUAUUACGAUACAUUUUACCGUGUCAAAGAAACACAUGCAGGGUUUGAUUACAAACGAUUUAGAAUGCUUCGUCUAUUCCAAUACGGUUCAUUUUAGCUUACAUCUGUUGAGGUAAAAUAGCUAAAUGAUGCCUUCGUAUCAAGUGAUAACUAUUUCUGUAACAUUCUGAUAGUAUGCUAUAAAUUGUCACAAAUGUAUAAUCGGUGUAAAUAGGAGAGGUUUGUAAUUGUUAUUUGAAAUAAAACGUGUUAAUUA